AUGAAGGUGCGUGUGAUUUACGACUUUGUUGCUCAAUGGAGUGGUGAAUUAACUGUUUGUACUGGAGAGGAACUCACAAUCACAAAUCAAAAUGUCGGAUCAGGGUGGUGGCAAGCAGUCAAUGCGUUUGGAAAAGAAGGUCUCAUUCCAUCAGAAUUUGUUGAAAUUAUUGAGUUACCAGAACCACCAGUACCACCUCCUCCUCUACCUACUACUGAAUUUGGGAAGGAGAUUGAUCGCUGUGAUGAAUGGGAUGAUGAGUGGGAUAGUGAUGAAAAUGAUAUUCCCAGUUCGAACAAAAAUCCGAAUGACCGAUAUCAACAGCCAGUUGAAUGCAGUACAUCGCAAACCGGAGGCAAGCAGACGGACCCCUUACUGUCAGCGUCUAAUAAUGUUGAUUACGUACGCAACACACUUAUACGAAAGUUUUUUCACAGAUCAUUCAUCCGUAAUGGUUGUGAAGAUUUCUUGUUGGGUCUCGAUCCACCACCUUUUCCUCAAACCGAAGCUAAUAUCGAUUAUGUAGAUGAUUCUUUCCAAUGGCGUCACUUGUCAAGAGAUCUCACUAGCUGUAUUUCAUCGUUUCGUAAAGAUUCAAAAAUGAAGGGGAUUAAAAGUUUUAUCGCUUAUCAAAUAACUAAUUCAGUUACGCAAACUCAAGUCAGUAGAAGAUAUAAACAUUUUGAUUGGCUUCAUUCACGUUUAUUAUCAAAAUAUCCAUGUAUUUGUAUUCCACCAUUACCGGAGAAGGCAAUCACAGUAAUAUAUAUAUAACUAUUACAAAAUUGUUGGAUGCUCGGUUAACUGCUUUAUUUGUAUACUUUAGUUAACGGUUAGAGAAUCAUACUCAGAACAUGAGGUUAGUCAGAAUCGGUUUAUCUAUUGGUAUUAAAACACCUCACCUUUCGUAUUUUUAACAUCAGUCAAAUGAUAAGGUUUUCCAACCCAUCGUCCACAUUUUUAUUACAGUACAACAGUUGCAGAUAUUGUGAUAUAUUACUCUAUUGAUAUUCAGGAGACUAAAAUUGAAUAAUUUACUUCAUUGUGUAUUUUUACCAUAUAGAUUGGAGAAUGUUUUUUUAUGAAAUUAAUCAAAUCUCUUGAUCAUAUGUGUCACAGUAAUAGCACAUAAAUAAACUACUUUUCUUGGUAGUUUUCUCUAAAUACACUUGUUAUUUGCUUUAUAACACUACUUAGAAUUGUUUAACCAACACAUUUGAGUAAAAAAAUACGAGCCCAGGUAAGCUAAAACAAGCUACUGAUGAUCGACAAAUAAGCUAAGUAUUUCAUGCACAUAAUCCCAUUCAUCAUUUUUCAGAGAGCAAAAUCAAAAACUUCAACAGAAUAUUGUAAACUCAUUUAAUUGGUCUGGUUCUCUUUAAGCUGUAAUAUUUAAAAAUCGUAGUGAUGAAU